AUUGGGUGGGGGCAGGUACGGUAGUGGUGGGUGCACAGCCACAAAUGACUCUCUCUCUCUCUCUCGUCGCAGCGAUGAAGCUGGAACAAAAUCAAUUAUAAACAAUGUUAAUCUAAACUAAACAAAGACAGCCAUAAAGCUUUAGACUUAAGCUUAUUCUUGUUCCUUGUUUUGCUUGUCCCCAAAAUAAAGAGAGAUUUUUAUUUUUUAUUUGACAAGAGUAUACACCUCUUCAUUUUCUGUAUUAAACUAUAUGUUGUUUCUGGAGAAUGUCAGAUUGAGCCUGGUGGUCACUCACAAGACAUAGCAACACACACUCUCUCUCUCUCUCUCUCUCUCUCUCUCACUCUCUCUCUCUCUCACUAACUGCUUCAACAGGAAUAUUAUAUGAUACUUGUUUGUCUUUAUUCUCCUUGUUCUGUUCUCAUUUUUUCUCAACACUCUUUUUCUGUUUGUUUUCUCUGUAUAAUAUAUCUCAGUUGAAAACCACAUUGCCUACUCCUUCUCUACAAUUAGAUAGAGACUAUACAUUGAAGAACCAAGGUGGUGACACACCUCUUUUGUGCUUGUCUUCUUCUCUUUCCUAGAAUAUGGACUUGUGUUCUCCCCUCAAUUCCUGUUAUUAGUGUUCUUUAUCUCUAUGAUUUGUUCUUCUUCUUCUGAGUACUAAUACAGAUUCCCAAAAAGUUAUAAAAAGCGAAUUUUGGUCUAAUUAGUGGGUUUUGGAUUGUCCCUUUUUCCUUUUCCUUUCUUGGGUCAUGGAGAUUUGCUGUGACCUCGAAGUUGAUGUUAAUGGAGAAGAAACUUUCAUGGUGGAGAAGAAUAUAAUAGCUUCAUAUUCAGGAAGGUUGAAUAAAUUAUUUGGCAAGUCCAAAGGUACAACAAGUAGUCUAAAAAUAGUACUCCAUGACUUUCCGGGUGGGGCAGAGUGUUUUGAGCUGAUGUUGAAGUUCUGCUACAGCACCGGUAUGACUCAGAUAACCCCUACAAAUAUUACCCCUCUGCGUUGUGCGGCUGAGUUCAUGGAGAUGAAGAGUUCUGUGUCUGGAACAGGUAAUUUGAUGGAACAAACAGAGAAAUCUUUUGAAGAUAUGAGAUACUGGUCUUGGUCUGAGCUUCUUAUGGUUGUGAAGCAAUGUCAAAGCUUACUUCCAGCCUCAGAGUCUUCAGGAGUACUUGAGAGAUGCUUGGAUUCUCUUGUUGGGAGACUGUCUUUGACAAGCGAAGCGAGUCCUUGUCCAUCUACUUCUUCUCCAGACAGCUCCGGGGUUCGGUUUUCAUGUGACUCUAAAAGCACCGAGAGUUUAAAGACAGUCUUUUCAAGGGCCUCUUGGUGGUUUGAAGAUCUUAUAUUUAUGAGUCCUGUUUUGGUUGAAAUGCUGGCCAAGACUAUGGUUUCUCGAAAAUUUGACCAUGCCCUUCUUAGUAGAUUCCUUUUUUACUACCACAAAUCAAAGCUUUACACUGUCUCAUCCAGUGAGAAGUGCAAAAUUGUGGAUACCGUGGUUGACAUGCUUUACAUUCUUGAUCAAAGCUGUGUAUCCUGCAAAAGUUUGUUUGAGAUUCACCGGGUUUCCCUGAAUUUGAAGAUAGCUAAAAGUAGCAGAAACAAGUUGGAGGAUAUGAUUGGUUCACAGUUGGAUCAAGCAACAUUAGAUAAUUUGCUUGUUUCAUCCCCUCAUGGAGCAAAUUACUUGUAUGAUGUGAAUCUUGUUCUGAGAUUAUUCAAGGCAUUUCUGCGUGGAGGGUUGUGUCAAGCAUCUGCUAUGAGGUUGAGUAAGGUUGCUAGCUUGAUGGAUUUGUAUAUUGCUGAAGUGGCCCCGGAUCCUUAUUUAAAACCUUCAAAAUUCUUGGCUUUGAUCAUGGCCCUGCCAGAAUCUGCUCGAGACUCUUAUAAUGAGGUUUAUCGCGCUGUGGACAUGUAUCUAGAGGUUCAUUCAGGAUUGUCUGAAGAAGAAAAGACGAAAAUAUGCUGUGCAUUGAAAUAUGAGAAGCUCUCAGCCGAAAUCUGCAUACAUCUUUCUCAGAAUAAGAAAUUUCCAUCGAAAACUGUGGCUCAAGCUUUAAUAUCACAGCAAUUAAAGCUUAAAAGUUUACUCCAUGCCACCAGCAACACCAAUAUUUCAUGUCCUGGCUCACCUUGUAGAGCCAUAGAAGUAAAAAAUGCUACGAAAAAGGACAAAGAAUCUGAAGAACAAGUUAUCCUCUAUGCAGGCAAACUCGAUCUUCCAACCGAUAACAAAAAUCUAAGAGAACAUUUGCAAGGAAUGCAAUGGAGGGUGAUGGAGUUAGAAAAAGUAUGUAGGAAAAUGCAAAUUCAAAUGGCAAAGAUUAUGAAGUCAAGAUCACCAAGCCAAAGUCAUACAAGAUCAUUGCCUAGACUUUGUUCAUAAUUUUAUAGUUUUUCAUUUUACAUUGUUUUUUGUAUUUUAAAGAAAAUUAGCUUCGUAUUUGUAUAGCACAAGAGAAUGAGAUUUUGUUCGCUGUUUCUUUUUA